AUGAAUCCACCAACAACCCACCGAUCCAACUCCUCUUCGGCCAUUCUUGUUACGGACACAAACACACACCUGUCCAACACAAAUCCACCCAAUAAUUCUUCUCAUUAUUCCAAUCAUGGUAUUCUCUCUUCAUCACAAACCAUUCAACCAUCAUUUCAACAUGCAUUUCCUUCUUCUUUCCAUUCCUCAUCCUCCUUGUCAUCCAUAACAUCCUCACCACAUGGUUCUGGCCCUAUAUUCACAUCCUCACAACAACAACAACAUCCAAUCCAUCAUCCUCUUGUUGAAAAUAAUGAUCUCAGCCAUGAUGAUUUGCAACAUAUCCACCAUUCCACAAACAACAUUUCGACCAUGAUUUCCAAUCAGGAAACUUUAAAUUUAUUGGAAUUGUUGAUGCAGAAUGGAGAGUUGAAUUCAUUGCUGGUCCGAAAUCAAAAUCUUUCAGUCUUGCCUUCUUCUUCAUUGAACAAUACUGUGAUGAUGAAUAAUAAUAUCAACACCAACAACAACAAUAACCACUUUACGGUUUCAUCUUUACUGUCAUCACCAACCCAAACGGUUAACAACCAUGAACUUGGAAAUAUGAUGAACAAUCAUCAUCACAUAUCUGGUCCGAACACUUCAUCAGCAACACAGAAUAACUUGGUGUUAAAUUCUCUAAUGAAUAAUCCAUCAUUGAGCAUUCUGAAUAAUAACAUUAAUAAUAAUACGGUGACCAACUCGAGCUCUGCUCAUCCACCUCCUUCGACACCUUCUGGCCAAUCACUGUUGGGAUCGAAGGGCAAUUUGACAUCUGACAAUUCCCAGAAAGAAAGCCAAAAGACAAGCGAGGAACCAACAACUGCUCCACUAACUCAUCCCAUUGCGUGUCUCGCUUGUCGUAAAAUCCACAAACGUUGCGACAAGAAACUUCCCACUUGCACACGUUGCUUAACCAAGGGAGUUCAUUGUGAAUAUAAGGAACCUGUUUUUAAAAAAGCUGGUUUGAUCAAUUUAACUGCCAACAACAACAACACUUCCUCCUCAUUGUUGAACAACAAUUCCAACAAUACUGAAAAUAAUUCCUCAAAGAAAUCCAUCGAUGUCAUUUCAAUCUUCAAUUCAGCGACUCAAGAUCUUGACGAAAGUGCACGAACAGCUAUUCAAUCGAUCAAACAAAACACCAUUGAGGCCUAUUGUUUGAUCGUUUGCAAUGGAAGUCCACCCAUUCGACAAGAAGAUUUAACGAAAUUACUAUUGACAGGAUCACAAGAAUUGUUGAGAAGAAAGGACGUGUUAGCAUUAAUGUUGGCCAUCCAGGGAUCUGUGGAAAUGGUUUUUGGAUUUUCAGAUCUUGCAGAGGAAUCUUUCAUCAAGUCUCGAAAUUUAAUCAUGCAUUACUUUGAUGACUUUGACAAUCCAUUCGCAGCUGUCACCUACAGCAUUAUUGCCUUAUUUAAUGCAACGAUUGGAAAACCCUCCAAAGCUCGAGGAUAUCUUCAUCUCACCGAUCAAUUCAUUGCUAAUUGGAAACAAAAAAACAUGGUCACCAUGGUCACUACUGAAUCUCCAUUCGUUGAAUCACAUGCUCACGGUAUUUCACUAAGUAUUUCCAAUCUUCGAGUUCAACAAAUGGUGGUCGAAUUAAUUUCAUGUGAAACACAUCCAGUCCCAGACAUUGCCACUUUUGAAAAGAUUUCUCUCGAUUUAUUGGGUUCCUCUCUUCCACCAAAAAUCAAAGAAUUCUUCAAACGUCAACACUUCUCACGGGAUGACAUUGAUGAAAUGUUAAGAAAUUUUGAAGUCUUUGUUUCAUUGUUGCACUAUUCUGUGAAACCUACAUUCAAGUCCGAAUUUUCUGUGAAAAUUCAUCAUUUGAAUUAUUUAUUACUCAUGAAUGGAUUGAGAAUUUUAUUCUUGUUGUUGGCUGGAUGUAAUAUUGCAUGUGCAACAGAGAAUAAUCCAGAACAUAUUCAAUUAUUGGAAAGUUCAGCAUUGGCCAUUAGCAAAAUUACUGAAGAUGAGUUAUUCGUCUUUGUGAGUCCUUAUUUAAUAUCAUUCAUUCUAGUAGCAGUGAGAACCAAUUUGGAAAUUUGUAAAAUGAUCGAUCGUGGAGAGAGAGAAAAUUUAAGACCUGUGGUGAUCAAAAAAGAACGAAUUACCAUUCCCAAUAUCGUGAAACAAUAUCAAGAGAAUGAGUUAAUUGAUUAUUAUGCAGUGGUGGCAAAAGAUUUAAGAGCUCUCCAAGUUCUCAGCAAACGUUAUCGUUAUGUCGCUCCACACACCAAAGAACUCGAAGAAUUCCUUAGUCGAAGAAACAAUGAAUAUUCAGAGCAAAUUUCACAACUCUUUGGAAAUCAGUGGAUGAAUUCAUUAUCCUCCCUCCAUUCCUUUGAUUCUUCCAGUUCUUGUUCUUUCAAUACAGCUCAAGAAAAGAAGAUGAAUCGAGUGGGAACGUUUUACAAUGAAAUGCGAGACUUUUUAUUGAAAUUUAACAAUCGAAUUGAAGAUGCAUUUGAAGGAGGAUCGAAUGGUUCUCAUCCUGCCAUUUCACCUCUUAAUGGAACUCAAUAUUUGGAAAGAAAAUUGAGAGAGGCCAAUGUGGAAUCCUUGUCAGACUUGGAAUUGUUGUUGUCUGAAAUUAGUUCCAUGCAAAAUCAACAUCUUUCACCAACCAUGACGAACACUGGUACUCAUCAUGGGAAAGCUUUAACACCAACCAGUCAAGGUACGAGUACAGGAUCAUCUUCGAGUGGAAAUGUGACAAACACAAGUUCCUCGCCAAGAGCCUCAUUCCAACAUUCACAACCACAACACCAUCAUGUGCAAUACAUGUCACCACAUAGUUUUCUAGGUUUGCAAAAUCAUGCAUCCUACAAUUAUUAUCAACAACCACAACAACAACAACAACAUGCAGUUCAUCAUCAUGGUCUAAAUGCAACUCAUUCAACAACCUUGAAUAUGAAUCAACCCUAUUAUGGUGACGGAUUUUUUGAUCCUCUGUUGGCGCAUUCUGAAGAUGCUGAUGUGUUUGACAGUCAUCCCUUUCAACAGUAG